GUGUCAGACAUGCAGCUGGACAUUGUAUCUGCUGAUUAACAACCAAGAGGCCUGGGCCUCAGCACGUGACCAUACCUGUGGCUGGGUUUAUGAAGCAAAGGAAGGAAGGGGCGUGGCCUGGGGCAGAGUGAAGGAAACUGGGCAUGAUGGUAUCUACUGCGUGAUUCCUCCAACAACUAUAGCAGGCUUCCAGAAGAGAAAUUAGGGCUCAGCGUAAAUCAGAUUACAGCUUCAGUACAGCAAGCCACUCCUCCAAGUUUGGAGGACUCUGCUGAAGUUCAAGUUCCCAGAUACUGGUGAGCACCCAGCUUGGCAGCCGGCCUUCCUGUGAAUAGCAGCCAUAGGUCUUUUAUACUAACUCUGCUCAUGUGUACAAGUCUGGAAUUUGGAAGAAUUUAAAGCCACUGAAGCCAGGUAUAAUAAUCCUUGUCUGUAAUUCCAGUACUCUACAGGCUGAGGCAGGAGGAUCAAAACUUCAAGGGCAGCCUUUGCUACAUGGUGAAUUUAAAGCAGCCUAGAACUUCCAUCACUUGGGAUGUUUGCCUGCUGGAAGGUGAAGGAGAUCACGGACAGAGAGGCACGUGCAGCAUGGCUGUAACUGGGCUCAGACUGCUCACUGGUGCUCUAAGAAAGCCAGACGCCUGGCUCGGACUCUGGGGUGUGCUUCAAGGAACCUCUCCACACAAACUCUGUGCUUCCUGGAAUCGAUACUUCUAUUUUUCUAGUUCCAAGUUAAACGCAUCAAAUUAUAAAACACUUUUCCGUAGCAUUUUUCCUCUGCGACUCCCAGGGCUGUUAGUAGCUCCAAAAUGUACUUUUCCAUUUUCCAUACGACUCAAAAGCAAUAUAAACUCCAAAAAAUCCACUAGAAAGACUCUGCAAAAAGAUGCAGAUGAAGAGGACUCCGAUGAGGAGAUCCAUCACCCCGAGAGGAGUGAGCAGGAAGAAGAGCUUGAGGAUGACCCUGGCGUGGUCAAGGACUACAAAGACCUGGAGAAAGUGGUCCAGUCUUUCCGGUACGAUGUCAUCCUGAAGACAGGCCUUGAUAUUGGGAGAAACAAAGUAGAAGAUGCAUUCUACAAAGGUGAACUCAGACUGAAUGGAGAAAAGUUAUGGAAGAAGAGCAGAACGGUGAGCCACCCAGCCUGUAAUGACAGCCACAUGGUCCUGCCUGUUGUCCUGCUGGUGAAGGUGGGAGAUACACUGGAUCUCCUCAUUGGAGAGAACAAAGAGACGGGGACACAAGUGGUGAUGCGGAUUCUCCUGAAAGCCGUCUAUGAUGAGAAGACGGAAAGUGACAAGUACCGAGUGCUGUUGCGACGGUGGAAGAACUUAAAGCUGCCAAAGACUAAAUGACCGUGCCGUCUCCCCACGGCUGCUUCCUGCUGUCAGAGGGGCCGCCGUGCAAAGAGGGCGUUUUUACUGAAAUAAAGUUCUGUCGUUUGUGGGA